UUGACUCGCACCUCUGCGCAUCGCCGGCGGUUCUGAAAAGAGCACCACCCAUUCUCCCAUAUUAAAGGUCCUGUCUCUGUUAACAGACAUCUCUACAUGUGAAAAUUAAACGCGUAAUUUGUCCGUGAUCACAUCAGCAUCCAGAGCUAAGCCGACUUUCAGCAGCAGGACCGUCGGGCUUUACAGGGACUGGGCAAUGAUUUCACUGGACCUUAAUUUUAAUUUAUUUACGAGUGACCUUUCACUUUACCUCAAAAACCAAGUUAAAGUCGGGCUGUUCGGCUCGGGGGUUGGACUGUCUGUAGUGCUCGGAUUCAGCGCCGCUUAUGCCUGCUACUACUUGAUCUCUGUGGCCAAGAAACCUAUACUUAUAGCUGGAGGAAAAAAGUUUCAUAAGUUCCUGCAGGACAAUUGUCCUGUGGUCUCAGAGACGUACUACCCAACGUUCUGGUGCUGGGAGAGCCGAGUCCAAACUUUACUCAGACCCUUUGUGACGGCCAAACCCUGGGUGAACUACAGAAAUGAGCUCAUUAGAGCAGCAGAUGGAGGCCAGAUCUCUUUGGAUUGGUUUGACAAUGAUGGCAGUUCAUCCCACCCGGACCCAUCCACACGACCCACUGUGCUGCUGCUCCCGGGACUGACGGGUACAAGCCACGAAUCCUACAUUCUGCAUAUGGUUCAGCAGAGUCGGGAUCUGGGUUUCAGAUGUGUUGUAUUCAACAACAGAGGUGUCUCUGGGGAAAAGUUAUUGACGCCCAGGACGUAUUGUGCAGCCAACACAGAGGAUCUGGAGCUGGUGAUAGAACACGUCCAGCGGACCAUUGACAAUGCUCCUCUCAUGGCAGCUGGGGUUUCUAUGGGCGGGAUGAUGCUGGCCAACUAUCUGGGUCGGAAGGGGCGCAAGACGCGUCUGAAGGGCGUAGUGGUUUUCUCGGCCGGCUGGGAUGUGUUUGAGUGCUCAGCUUCACUGGAGAAACCCCUGGACCGUUUCCUCUUCAACUCCUACCUCACCAGCUGCCUGCAGGCAUCUGUGGACCGUCACAGACCUGUUCUUGAAAAAAAGUAUGACAUAGACCAUGUGAUGAAGGCUAAAACUAUCCGAGAGUUUGAUGAACGUUUUACAUCCAUCAUGUUUGGUUAUCCAUCCAAUGAGGACUACUAUCGAGAUGCCAGCCCAAUCCAUAAAAUCAAUUCUGUGCAGGUGCCAAUGUUGUGCCUCAAUGCGGCUGACGACGUCUUUUCCCCCAAUCACGCCUUUCCAGUAGAGGCUGUUAAGCAGAACCCAAAUGUUGCUCUCCUCAUCACCUGCCACGGCGGUCAUAUCGGCUUCCUGGAGGGCCUGUGGCCACGGCAGAGCACAUACAUGGACCGCGUUUUCCGGCAGUUCACUAAGGCCGUCUUUGAGAACAGCUGCAGCCUAUCUGAUCUCCAUUGACCCCUGUUCCAUUCCCUCUCGAUACCCGUGAGCAAAAAAUUCCUGAUCCAUUUCCAAACUGAAGUGCACAGGUUCACAUAAAGGCCAGGAUUGUUUUUAUUUGUUUGUGUGUUCAUCUAUUUAUUUUUAUAUUAGUAAUCACAUCUUUUUAUGUACAAUAAUAGAAUUUAAAUGCUGCUUAGGCAUUCACAUGUUCCGUCCAUUCAUUGGUGCACUUACUUAUUUUUUAUUUAUUUGCAUAGGGUAUGGGACUUGCUUGUGUUUAUUGGCUUUUGUGAUUAUGUUUGGUUAUUUUCAUAUAGAGAUUUUACCAUUAUGAGUGUAUGUUAAACAUCAGCUAUUGGAACACUGAAUCAUGCCAUCUUCUCAUUAGAUAACAACCGUUUAUUUAUCUUACACAUUUCAUGUCUUGAACAUCCAAUUCAGGGUGACUUCCGAAACAACAACAACAACAACAACAACAUGGUUUAGCGACAAUUAUCAAGUGAAUCUCACAAAGAACUGUCAGCCCAAAAACAUUGUUUAAAAUUAUAUAACAAAUAUGUAUAUGGGGGGCACGGUGGCUUAGUGGUUAGCACGUUCGCCUCACACCUCCAGGGUUGGGGGUUCGAUUCCCGCUUCCGACUUGUGUGUGUGGAGUUUGCAUGUUCUCCCCAUGCCUCGGGGGUUUCCUCCGGGUACUCCGGUUUCCUCCCCUGGUCCAAAGACAUGCAUAGUAGGUUGAUUGGCAUCUCUGGAAAAAAUUGUCUGCAGGGUGUGAGUGAGUGAGUGAAUGAGUGAGUGAGUGAGUGAGUGAGUGAGUGAGUGAGUGAAUGAGUGAAUGAGUGAAUGAGUGAAUGAGUGAGUGUGUGUCACCUGCGAUGGGUUGGCACUCCAUCCAGGGUGUAUCCUGCCUUGAUGCCCGAUGACUCCUGAGAUAGGCGCAGGCUCCCCGUGACCCGAGGUAGUUCGGAUAAGUGGUAGAAAAUGGAUGGAUGGAAAUAUGUAUAUUUCCUGCGUAAAUGUCCUGAACAAAAAGAACCAAAUGAAAAGACAAAAGAGCCAUGCCCAAAACCAAAUAGAAAAUCUAACAGAUGAGAUUUAUGUUGGUUUUAAUGAAAACUAUAAUGGAGUCUGGUAUAUGAUGGAUUCUAUUGCUGGGGUGUUACCUGGGAGAUUUAUGAUAUUGGAAUAAUGGCCAAAACAUACACAAAUGAAUUUUGUAAUGGUUUUAAUGAAAAAAGCUAAUGGUUCAUAAUGGGCUUUUAAUGGUAACCAUUAACAUCUGUGAUGGUUCCUAAAGGGUUACUAUUGGGGGUUUUUUUCAGCAAGGAAUCAAAAUGAAACAUAUUUUGCCAUUGCAUUGUGCUUUAAUUCACAUAUAAAACCACAUAUAAAACAGAGCACUUGUUUAUAGAAAACUAUUUAGAUCCUAGUUGUUGAAAUAACAGUAUAUGUUAUUAAAAGGUUAGCUUUGCUUUAUAUACAAAAUAACCUUUGAUUUGAAAAUAAAUACUUUACCUUUUUUUAAGUUGUAGUAAAACAUGACCAGAACGUUUUCAUUGUGAGAUUUGCAUCAAUAUCCCAAUUCAAUGCCUCAAUCUUCAAAUACGUGUAGGCUCAUUUUGUCAAGCUGUGCUUUUUCUUCUUUUAACUCUUUAAAAUCUGUGACUAAAAAUCGCUCUCGCAGUAAAAUCAUUUGUCACAGUUCAUCUGUUCUUUUGUUAUAUGAACAGGAAGGUUGAAUUCAUUUUUUACAGUGUGUCAAACUACUGUAUGUCAGUCAGCGACCGGUUAUCUUCAGUGAUUUCUUAUUUGUUGCACCAAGGCCUUAUUUGUUUAAACUUACAGCAUUAAAAAGGAAGAUUGAACUAUUUUUGUCUUUCUAGCAUCAGUAAAUAAAAGUGUGUUCGGCCAGUUUAAAAAAGAGAAGUCACGCCAAUGUAUGUACAACACGUAUAUUGUUUCCAACCCUUCACUAAUUUAUUCUCAUUUAUUUAAUCCUAAAGAGAGUCUAACCAGCUCACUAUUUUCUGUCAGUUUUGUUUUUAGAUAGGAGAGCGAUUGUAUCUACCACAUUGCAUUGUUUUAUUUUCUUAAGAAUGUACCUUGUGCACUUUUGGGUAUUAAUACUGGUAUAUUGACACUGACUAGUUUAAUUGUAAAUUAGAUGUAAAUUUUAACAAGGAAUGUGAGAUUUGCACUAUUUUGAGUUCAACCUGUGUUAGUCCCAGUCGAACUGGCUGAAUGUGGCUUCAAGGAUUCGUUGAAUUCAUAUGUGAAAAUGACUUGAGCUACUACUUGUCUAUAAUGUGAAAACAUUGAAAAUGUUCCCGAAACCUCUGCUUGCUUUAAAUUCACUUGCGGGUCAAAUGGCUCUUUAUGCUAUAGUGUCAUAAAAUGCACAGGCUACUUAAUGAGAUUAUUUGACAAGAAAAUAAGUAUAAAAACAGGAGCAGUCAUUAUUUGUGUGAGAAUGUGAAGGAUGCUUAUGCAAAUCUUAUGAAUAUGCAGGUGAAGAAUUAGCUGCACAUAGGGACUUUCAUGGAAGAAUAUGCUAGACAUAGUUAUCAAAAUCUAAAAAGAAACCGCCCUGCCAUAUUGUAUUUACCUGUUUAUUAAGGUGCUGCUUCAUAUUAUGCUUCUAACUGUCGAUGCGGAUAUGAGGACCACGAAGUCUCCUGUGGAUUUGCCUUUCCUCUCUGCUUCUGCUCAUCCUCUUUCCCAGUAGCAUGUGUCACUGUUCUAAGUGUCUUGAGUAACUGUACAAACAACGUGCAUCCCAUAACCUGUAGCACAACAGACAUAUUUUUCCAUGAUGAUGUCUUUCCUUUUAUAAAUUUAUAAAAGGAUUGUGUAUUCAACAUGUGCGGCAAUAAGAUUUUAAUACAAUAUAGUCUACUGUAUGUAGAAUAAAUGCACAUGUACUUGUAUGGAUUAUAAGUGCAUUUGUGGUAUUAAAUAAAUUAUGGAAUUUAA